AUGGGUCUAAACGCUCACAACCUCCGUGUUUUCCUCUUGCUGACAGCUGUACCAAUACUAAUUACAGCGGAUGAACUGUUGGAGGAUGAACUCUGUGAUGUUGAAACCGGUUCUCCAUGCUCUUCAGAAGAACAUGAGGAGUGUAGACGGCAAAAUGGCUCUGACAAG